AUGGCACGCUUCCAGAGUCACUGGGUCAAUGAGAUUGACGACAGGUAUAUCACGGCAGACUUCUAUUUCGAUAUUGGGAAGGAGACCUGUCCUCAGCAGGCAUCUCAGGUUGCAUCCUCUGUCAAUGGACGGACGGGUAAUGCUGAUGCUGAUGGCUUCGUCUCCAUGCCGGCCGGAACACUCUUAUAUAAACGGUGCUGUCUCCGAUCGCAUGCACAUUUGAUACAAAAUGUCUCUACUGCCAAGGAGACUCAGAAGAAGGUUUUCUAUCCCUUCAGCAUGCUCCAUGAUACCGGAAGCCUGACUAUCGAGACGGGUCAGCGAUCCUCACGGCGUGCAGCCGGACUUCUCGACACUCAGUUCUACCCCAGUGUCAAGAAUAUCUUUGCAGCAGGAAAUAUCUAUCUAUUCACCAACACCGCAAUCGAGACACUCGCCUUGGAUAAGAAGCUACGACGAACUUGGGAACUGGUAGGGGGUGCCCUCAGUCACUAG